AUGGAGACGUCCUCGGCCGCCGCCACCUGCGGCCUCGGCUUAUCCGCCAAGCCCCUCCUCUUCGCCGCCACCCUCUCCCUCUCCGCCGUCAGAUCAGACCCCUUUCGCUCCGCCGCCACGUCCCGCGCUCUCGACCACCGUACCUGGCGCCGCACCCGCCGCGGGCUCGAGGGCGUCGGCUCCUCUUCCGACCCUCCUUUCGGCCGCGGAGGCGACGGCGGAAAGGGCUGGAACCUCGGCAGCGGCGGCGACGGGGCCUCGACACCGUCUUCGUCGUUGCAUCCGGCAUUCCUUCUCAUUUACCAUGUCCUCUGCUGGAUUGCCCUUUCCAGCUGCACCCACUUCGCUCUUAAGAAGAUGGCGCAGCUUCUCGUGGCGACGAGGACGACGCUACCUUUAAAGUCGCCAGCGUCGGCGAGCUGA